AUCAGUCGUUGCAGUGAUACAUUGUAGCCAACAUGAAAUUCUUGAUUGUCCUCGCCGUAGCUAUGGUGGCGGUCUCCGCUGAGGAAGCCGCGAAGAAGACCGAGAAGCGAGGUCUCUCCGGCCUCGGAUACGGUGGCCUCGGAUACAGUGGCGUCGGAUACGAUGGCGGACUGGGAUACGGCGGUCUCGGAUACGGUGGACUCGGAUACGGUGGAUACGGUGGAUACGCUGCCCCAGUAGCAGUUAGCAAGGUUGCGUACACGACCGCUCACGGCGCCGGCUACGGAGGCUACGGCGGAUACGGUGGAUACGGAGGAUACAGCGGCCUCGGCGGAUACAGCGGUCUCGGCGGAUACAGCGGUCUCGGCGGAUACGGAGGACUCGGCUACGGUCACGGUGGUUACUACAGUGCCCCAGCUGUCAGCUACGCUAACCAGGUCGCAUACGGCGGAUACGGCGGAUACGGCCAUGGUCUCGGAUACGGCGGUCACGGUCUCGGCGGAUACGGCGGUCUCGGAUACUACGGACAUCACUAAACCUGACUUUGACUUAUUUUUUUUAUUUUAUUCUUUCUUUAACAUCUAUUUAAAUACUCGUGGUAAAGUAUUUAUGUACUUUGCUGUUUCGAAUUUUGUAUUUAAUCCAUUUUUUAAUCUGUGAUCGAUAUUUUUGUGAUAUCACAUUAUUUUUUUGAUUGUAUUGGGUAUCAAACCCUAAUCUGAUUGACAGUGAACUGAUGUUUACUGUGAUUAUCGAACAACGAAACUGCCUGAGAGUCUUUGUAAAUAUCUUAAUAAAAUAAUAUAUUAAAAAUCAA